CGUCCAUCCACGGCACACAAAAGAGGGCACGCGACACGUCCCUGUCCACAAUGGCCAUCCAACGUCGCUUCGGCUGGCAUCCUGCAGAGGUGCAGGACCGCCUCUGGAACACGCUCCGCGAGAACUGGUACCUUGGCUUCACCUCCUUCGGCGGGCCGCCGACACAUUUCAAGAUUUUCCGUGACAAGUUCACCACCAAGUUGAAAUGGGUUGACGAGCAGAUGUACCAGGAGCUCUUCAGUGUCUGCCAGGCCUUCUCCGGGCCCGGUAGCACGAAGAUGCACUACUGCAUCAACCUGCUCCACGACGGUACCCUGUCUGCUCUGUUCGGCUUCCUGCUGUGGAGUCUUCCCGGCGCCCUGGGCAUGUUCGGCCUGUCCAUCGGCGUCUCCAACAUCGGCGAGACACUGCCGCGUCCAGCCUACGCCGUGCUAUCCGGCCUCAACGCCGCGACAGUCGGCAUCGUGGCUCUCGCCGCCGUGCAGCUCUCCGAGAAGGCCAUCACCGACAAGCUCACCCGCAUCAUCGUCUUCCUGGGCGCAUCUGCCGGGAUGCUGUACAACGCACUCUGGUACUUCCCCCUGUUGAUGCUCCUGGCCGGCAUCACGAGUGUGGUGUUCGACUUCCGCUGGCUGCAUGGCCCGGUCAAGGCUGUAGUGGGCGUGUUUAAGCCCAAGGAGAAGCGCAGACAGACGCCACCCGAGGAAGAGGCUGUCGACAUGUCUCAUCAGCAAGAAGCCGCGUCUCAAACGGCGUCAGUGGAUCCCAUCCCAAGCAGACCAACCUCCAGAGCCAAGACAGGCGACACAAACGACGCAAAGGCAGCCAGCCGCGGCACACUCCCGCAAAACGCCGCCAGCACAGCAGGCCAGCUACCCCCUUCACCCCUUACCCAAGCGGAAGAGCAGGACGACGAACUCCGCGUCGUCCCGCAGGACCGACAGUUCAACAUGUCCUGGAAGACCGGCGUCGCCAUCAUCGCUGCAUUCCUCGCCUCCUUCGCCGCCGUCAUGAUCCUGCGCGGCACCCUCCCUGCCAAGUCCCUGCUCUUCAGCCUCUUCGCAAACAUGUACCUCGCCGGCACCAUCAUCUUCGGCGGCGGGCCCGUCGUGAUCCCGCUGCUGCGCGAGUACACCGUGACCGAAGGGUGGCUCAGCACGCGCGACUUCUUGCUCGGCCUGGCCAUCACGCAGGCCUUUCCCGGGCCCAACUUUAAUUUCGCUGUGUACCUCGGCAGCCUGACGGCGAUCAACGCCGGGUACCCCGCUGCCGCGGGCGCGGUGCUGGGCUUCGUGGGGAUGUUCGCGCCCGGGCUGAUCACGGUGCACGGGACGAUGGGCGUGUGGCAUGCGAUUCGGGGGUGGCGGUGGGUGAAGAGCUCGCUGCGCGGGAUCAACGCUGCUGCUGUGGGACUGAUCUAUACGGCGGUGUACAGGCUCUGGCAGACGGGGUAUAUCGACGAGAGCUACCAGCAGGGCACGAACUUGGGGCUCGACCCGUGGUGGGUUGUCGUCACGGCUGGCAGUUAUGUCGGUGGGUAUUGGUUCGGGGUCAGCCCGCCGGUUGCGAUCCUCGCGGGUGCAGUGAUGGGAUUGGUUUGGUAUGGAGUUGUGUCUACAUAGCUUUUCCAAAUAUGUCCGUUGUGAAGUGAUGAAACCAUCAUCUCUCAUUGAGGUUCGGGGUCCCCGGUAUCUGAGACUCGAAGUCUGUUGGCGACAGCGAGGCAUUCGUGAACCAGGAGUUUGUCUUGUAUUGAUGUAGAUAUAGUGUUGCAAACAGCAGUAGUUGCCCGGUCCAGACCAUCUAUCUGGUUCUUGGCGGGAGUU